AUGAAAAUUCUAAAGGGUUAUGUGAAGAACCCUCAUCGACCGGAGGCAUCUAUUGUUGAAAGAUAUGUUGCAGAAGAAGCGGUUGAGUUUUGUACUGAGUAUCUAUCACGGGCUAAAUCUGUUGGUCUUCCAAAGUCUCGCCAUGUGGGUAGAUCUCCUGGAAAAGGGACACUUGGGGGACGAAUGAAGAGUGUUGAUCGUGAAGAGUUGUUACAGGCACAUCUUUAUAUUCUAACCAAUACUCUUGAAGUUCAGCCUUAUUUGGAUAUGCAUAGGAGACUCAUGAAGGAGAAAAAUCCUCGAAAAGUAGAACGAUGGUUAGUCAACGAGCAUAACAAGACCUUCAUAUCGUGGUUUAAGAAUGAAGUUGCAAAUUGCCCUUCCGCUUCAAAUACAGUCUCCUGGUUAGCCGCUGGACCUAAUUUUGAUAUCAUAUCUUGGCGUGGUUACGACAUAAAUGGGUAUUCGUUCUAA